UUUAGCCAAGACCAAAGGGCAAGCCAUGGGUUCCGACAAACGUGUGAGCAGGACAGAACGAAGCGGAAGAUAUGGCUCUAUUAUAGAUCGUGAUGAUCGUGAUGAUCGAGAUUCCAGAAGCCGGCGACGUGAUUCUGACUAUAAAAGAUCCAGCGAGGAGCGCAGAAAUGACAGAUAUGAUGAUUACAGGGACUAUGAUGGCAGAGAUUAUGAUGGCAGAGAUUAUGAUGGCAGAGAUUAUGAUGGCAGAGAUUAUGAUAGUCCUGAGCAUGAACGUGAGCGACGUAAUAGUGAUAAAUCCGAAGAUGGAUAUCAUUCUGAUGGAGACUAUGGAGAACAUGACUAUCGAAACGACAUUAAUGAUGAGAAAGAAAGCAAGACCAUCAUGUUACGUGGGCUUCCUAUCACUGUUACAGACUAUGAUAUUCGAGACAUCAUUGAAUCCUGUGAAGGCCCUCGGCCUGCAGAUGUGAGACUGAUGAAAAGAAAGACAGGUGUAAGCCGUGGUUUCGCCUUCGUGGAGUUUUAUCACUUUCAAGAUGCUACCAGCUGGAUGGAAGCCAAUCAGAAAAAAUUGGUGAUUCAGGGGAAGCCAAUUGCCAUGCACUACAGCAAUCCCAGGCCUAAAUUUGAAGACUGGCUUUGUAACAAGUGCUGCCUUUACAACUUCAGGAGGCGAUUAAAAUGUUUUCGGUGCGGAGCAGAUAAGUUUGAUUCAGAACAGGAGGUGCCACCUGGAGGAGCAGAGGCUGUUCAGUCUGUGGAUUACUAUUGUGACACUCUUAUUCUCCGCAAUAUAGCUCCUCACACAGUAGUGGAAUCAAUCAUGACUGCUUUGUCACCUUAUGCUUCUCUGGCAGUAAAUAAUAUCCGACUUAUCAAAGAUAAACAGACCCAGCAGAAUAGAGGCUUUGCUUUUGUACAGUUGUCUUCUGCAAUGGAUGCUUCUCAGCUGUUGCAGAUUUUGCAGAGUCUUCAGCCACCUCUGAAAAUAGAUGGCAAAACAAUUGGUGUGGAUUUUGCAAAGAGUGCCAGGAAGGAUUUGCUUCUUCCGGAUGGUAAUCGUGUCAGUGCUUUCUCUGUGGCUAGUACAGCUAUUGCAGCAGCCCAGUGGUCAUCCACCCAGCCUCAGAGUGGAGAAGGCAGCUCAGUUGACUUCAACUACCUCCAACUAGGACAGGAUGGUUACUCCCAGUAUGCUCAGGAUUAUCAACAGUUCUACCAGAAUCAAGCAGGGGCAUUGGAUGCAGAUUCAGCCACAAUAUCAGGUACUUCAGUUACAGCAGCAGCUACAGCGGCUGUUGUUUCCCAGAGUCCUCAGUUGUAUAAUCAGCAAACAAACUCACCUGAUUCCCCGGGACAGACAGCACAGCCAAGCACUAGUUCCCAAGUGCCAUCAACAUCUUCAACUGGUGUAGUCCCUGGGACCAAAUAUGCCAUCCCAGACACUUCUACAUAUCAAUAUGAUGAAUCAUCAGGUUUCUAUUAUGAUCCUGUGACAGGGCUCUAUUAUGAUCCAAACUCCCAGUACUACUACAAUGCAGUAACACAACAGUAUCUUUACUGGGAUGGUGAAAAAGAGACUUACCUACCUGCUGCAGAGGGAACAACAUACCAACAAAAUGCACCUUCAGCCAAAGAAGGGAAAGAAAAGAAAGAGAAACCCAAGAGCAAAACAGCCCAACAGAUUGCUAAAGAUAUGGAACGUUGGGCAAAGAGCCUGAACAAACAGAAGGAGAAUUUCAAGAAUAGUUUCCAGCCUCUGAACGUGAGGGAAGAAGAAAGGCGAGAGUCUGCAGCAGCAGAUGCUGGGUUUGCUCUAUUUGAGAAAAAGGGCACCUUAUCUGAGAGACAGCAGAUAAUGACAGAAGUGAUAAAGAAUGGAGAAGAUGACAACCCACUCAAACGUGGGUUGGUGGCUGCUUAUAGUGGAGACAGUGAUAAUGAGGAGGAUUUCCUGGAAAGACUGGAGAGCGAGGAAGAAAAAUUAACAGAUUGGAAAAAAAUGGCCUGUUUGUUAUGUAGAAGGCAAUUUCCAAAUAAAGACGCUCUAGUAAGGCACCAGCAGCUCUCCGAUCUACACAAGCAAAACAUGGACAUCUACAGGCGAUCUAGACUGUCAGAACAAGAACUUGAAGCUUUGGAAAUGCGUGAGAGAGAGAUGAAAUACAGAGACAGAGCAGCUGAACGCCGGGAGAAGUACGGCAUUCCAGAGCCACCAGAGCCAAAGCGGAAAAAAGUCUUUGAUGCUGGCACUGUGAAUUAUGAGCAGCCCACUAAAGAUGGCAUUGACCAUAGCAAUAUUGGCAACAAAAUGCUUCAGGCCAUGGGGUGGAGGGAAGGCUCAGGAUUAGGAAGGAAAUGCCAAGGCAUCACUGCUCCUAUUGAGGCUCAAGUAAGAAUGAGAGGAGCUGGGCUAGGAGCAAAGGGUAGUUCUUACGGCGUGUCCACUGCAGACUCCUAUAAAGAUGCUGUACGGAAAGCUAUGUUUGCCCGAUUCACUGAAAUGGAAUGAGAUCCAUCCAUCUUUGAAGCUUAUGAGGAACAAAGCAUUUCUCCAUUCAACUGAAUUGACUGUUAAAAACCUUAUGGCCUCAAGCACUGCAGUGUUUUGGUUAUGACUUGGGGUUGACCAUUUCCAUUCCAGGUUCUCCUGUACUU